UGGGGCAUCCGCGGAAACCUCGGCUGCUUCAUAAAACAAUACCUUAGUGAUCGAAGCUUCAGGGUGGGUAUCGGUGGAAACCAAUCGGACCUAUUUUGGGAGGCAAACGGGGUACCCCAAGGAUCGGCGCUGGCAGUUACACUAUUCCUAGUCAGCAUGAACUCCCUCUUUGCCACGCUCCCGAAAGGCAUAUUCGUAUUCAUCUACGCAGACGACGUGAUUCUUGUAGCGAUCGGGAAAACGACCGGCCGCACCAGACUGAAGCUGCAGGCUGCCGUAAACGCCGUUGGUCGGUGGGCCAACUCGGUCGGUUUCAGCAUCUCCGCCCCAAAAUGCGCUAUUUCACACUGUUGCAACUCUUACCACUUAGCCACCGACCGGCCGGUCAAACUCGCUGGAACAGUAAUACCAUUCCGUAAAGAGCCAAAAAUCCUUGGCGUGAUAAUCGACCGUAAGAUGACUUUCCUUCCACACUUUCGACGGGUGAAAAAGGAUUGCGAAAGCAGGAAACGUCUUGUCCGCACCAUCAGCUCGAGACACCCAAGGUGGAACAGGCAAAGCGCACUUAACAUCAGCCAGGCCCUCAUCCACAGUCGUCUGUUCUAUGGCCUUGAAAUAACCAGUCGUAACUGGGAGGGUUUAAUCGAUAUCCUCGCACCGCUGUAUCACGGAGCAAUCAGAUCAGCCUCAAACCUGCUGCCAAGCACCCCCGCCGAAGCUGCCUGCGUCGAAACCGGCGUCCUUCCCUGUCGGUGGGCAGUGGCAGUAGCCGUUCUAAGACGAGCCAUGGGGUUCCUAGAAAAAACAUCGGGCGAUGAAUGCCAUCUACUACAGACAGCUAAGAGCAUACACACCAUGUUUGCCAAUGCCCCUCUUCCCACAGUCGCCCAGCUACAUCGGGUCAACAACCGCGCAUGGCACGAGCGCGGCCCAAACAUAGACAUCAGUCUGGCUGUAUCCACCAGAGCAGGAGAUCCUCCCCGGGCUGCCAGAGCCAAAUUCCUACAGAUGGUCGAUCAAAAAUACUCAAACCAUCUGCACAUCUACACCGACGGCUCGAAACUUGGCGAGGCGGUGGGCGCGGGUGUGAGCGGAAUCGGAGCGGGCCUUGCCCGUCGUCUACUCUCCGUGUGUUCCGUGUUCUCCGCGGAAGCCGCCGCCAUCGUCAUUGCGGUUACCAACAAACCUGAAGACACACCCACAGUGAUCUUCUCCGAUUCCCUCUCAGUCAUCAAAGCGCUGGAAUCAGGGGAGUCCAAGCACCCCUAUGUCCAAGCCAUAGAACAAUCCUGUGACUCAUUAACUACCAUAUGCUGGGUACCCGGACACAGCGGAAUCCGCGGUAACGAGGAUGCUGACCAGUUGGCCGCGCUCGGCCGGCGCUCUCGCGCCCUGUUCUCUAAUGAGGUACCGUCAUCCGACAUCAUCAGGGAAUUCAAGGCGAAGACCUCUGAGCACUUCAUCACUCACUGGAGGACUCUCCGAGGCUACCCUCAAAAGGUAAAGGGAGACCUCGAAAAGUGGACAGACCGCGAAAACCGAGUCGAACAAAGAGCGCUAUCCCGCCUCCGCGUGGGUCAUACGAGGCUCACCCAUGCCCACACCAUUACCCGCGUCGAUCCUCCAAUAUGUACAUCUUGCAGCACUAGACUCACGGUGGAGCAUCUACUAAUAAACUGCAGGGAGUUCGACAACCUACGACGACAUCACAACUUGCCCUCCUCGAUUCGAGAAACACUGGCAAACGACCCAGUGCACGAAGAGGCACUACUUGCCUUCCUGAAAGAUGCCAAUCUUUUCGAAUCCAUCUGAGACAGACCGCGAACCGGCCAACUCCACACCAUCCUCUACUGCAACCACUACCACUACUGCUCAGCGGGCCCUCCGCCACACCCGGACCGGGUGCCGGGGAGGUUCUCCCGCGGCCCUUCUACAACCGCAAUCCGUCAGACCAACUACUACCACCGCCCAGCGGGCCCUCCGCCACACCCGGACCGGGUGCUGGGGAGGUUCUCCCGCGGCCCUUCUACAAUGGCAACCCGUCAGCCCAACUACUACCACCGCCCAGCGGGCCCUCCGCCACCGCCCGGACCGGGUGCUGGGGAGGUUUUCCCGCGGCUCUCCUACAACCGCAAUCUGCCAGCCCAAUUACUACCACCGUCCAGCGGGCCCUCCGCCACACUCGGACCGGGUGCUGGGGAGGUUCUCCCGCGGCCCUUCUACAACUGCAAUCCGUCAGCACUAUUACUACCACCGCCCUGCGGGCCCUCCGCCACACUUGGACCGGGUGCUGGGGAGGUUCUCUCGCGGCCCUUCUACAAUGGCAACCCGUCAGCCCAACUACCACCACCGCCCAGUGGGCCCUCAGCCACCGCCCGGACAGGGUGCUGGGGAGGUUCGCCCGCGGCCCUUCUACAACCGCAAUUCAUCAGCCCAAUUGCUAUUAACGCCCAGUGGGGCCUUUCACCACACCCGGACCGGGUGCUGAGGAGGUUCUCCAGCGGCCCUUCGACAGCGACAAUCUGCCAACUCAUCAAUCAGGAACGCUCAACGGGCCUCCCGCCACAUCCAAACCGGAUGCUGGGGAGGUCUCUCGUCUAACCGCAAAUAAGCAAGUCACCCACCACCAUCGUUCAGUGGGUCCACUGACAUGCCAAAA